AUGGGUUGCUACAGGAAAGCGAAGCUAGCUCUUGAUGCCUUAAAAAGCUACACGUCAAAGAUUGUGACAAGGCCUUCAGUUCAAGAAUCAACAACUUUUUCGCGAAUUUAUCAAGAUGGGUUUUUGAGUUCUGCUUCAAAUCCAGUUAAGUUUUCUGGGUUCUGUAAAAGUUCGAAUUUUUAUCAAAGAUUUGGACUUGGUUCUCAAAUUGGUAUAAAUAAAAUUCAUUAUGAUCCAUUUCUUGGUAGUGUUAUUGGUGCAAAGAGAUUUUAUUAUGUUGAUAGGUAUCGUGUACAACAUUUUAAGCCUAGAGGGCCUAAAAGGUGGUUUAGGAAUCCAAGAACUGUUUUCAUUGUUGUUUUGGUUGGUUCUGGUGCUUUUCUUACUGUUUAUUAUGGUAACUUAGAAACUGUACCUUAUACGAAAAGAAAGCAUUUUGUGCUUUUGUCUAAGCAAAUGGAGAGAAAGAUUGGUGAGACUCAAUUUGAGCAAAUGAAAGCGGCUUUUAAGGGAAAAAUAUUGCCUGCAUUACACCCUGAAAGUGUUAGGGUACGUUUGAUUGCUCAAGAUAUUAUUGAAGCUUUGCAAAGAGGUUUGAAAAGUGAACAAGUAUGGAGUGAUAUGGGGUAUGCGUCGGCAGAGAGUGACUUGACACAUGAGAUAAGUGCUGAUGAUACUUUGAAGGCUUUGAGUGAGAGAGAAGGGAAAAUUGCAGGUAAGUGGCAUAAAGAAGAUGAACUUCUUGAUGAUAAUUGGAUUCAACGAAGCAGAAAAAAAGAGAAAGGUUUGAAGGCAAAUGCUUCCCAUUUGGAUGGAUUGAAUUGGGAAGUCUUGGUUGUUAAGGAGUCUGUUGUUAAUGCUUUUUGUUUGCCAGGGGGAAAGAUUGUUGUGUUUACCGGAUUGCUUGAGCAUUUUAGAACUGAUGCAGAGAUAGCCACCAUUAUUGGGCAUGAGGUCGGGCAUGCUGUGGCUCGGCAUGCAGCUGAAGGAAUCACAAAGAAUUUGUGGGUUGCCAUUUUGCAACUGAUACUUUACCAGUUUAUCAUGCCUGAUAUUGCAAACACAAUGUCGGUUCUGUUUUUGAGGCUACCUUUCUCCCGAAGGAUGGAGAUAGAAGCAGAUUACAUUGGACUAUUACUGACGGCUUCUGCCGGAUAUGAUCCUCGCAUGGCACCUAGAGUGUAUGAGAAAUUGGGAAAGCUCACUGGAGACUCAGCACUAAGAGAUUAUCUGUCUACCCAUCCAUCUGGAAAGAAGAGAGCUCAAUUGCUGGCUCGAGCUCAAGUCAUGGAAGAAGCACUUCUUAUUUACAGAGACAGAAUAGCAGGACGUGGGAGUGAAGCACAACGCCUGGUUGAGCUUCUUUUCAUCCGGACCUUUUUCUUGUAUUUCUGGAUGAGUGCCAUCCCUUUUGCUUCAGUCAUGCUCUUUCUUCUUUAUCUUCUAUUUUACGUGAAGGAGUCGAUUUUGGAGGAUCACAAGCCUCCAAUUGCUGGUCCAAUGCUAUUUUACCUUGUACAUUUCAAAAGACUUUUUGAUUAUCAGACAUCUCUUGCUAAGAAACAAAGCAUUUUUCGUAUGAUUACGCCUUCACACAGCGAAAUUUACACAGUGGAUUCAGUUAAUGUUGAAUAUAUACUGAAAACCAACUUCUCCAAUUAUGGCAAGGGGGCCAAAAAUUUUGGGAUAAUGAGAGAUCUAUUUGGUGAUGGAAUUUUUGCAGUGGAUGGAGAUAAAUGGCGUCAUCAGAGGAAGCUUGCAAGCUAUGAAUUCUCAACAAGAGUUCUGAGAGAUUUCAGUAGUGCUGUUUUUCGGGCUAAUGCUUCAAAAUUAGUUUCAAAGAUUGCUGUCGCAGCAACAGCUUUGAAAAGCAUGGACUUGCAGGAUAUGCUGUUGAAAUCGACCUUAGACUCAAUAUUUAAAGUGGGAUUUGGGUUUGAGCUGAAUGCUUUGUCUGGCUCGGAUGAAUUUGGAAGCAGAUUCACCAAAGCCUUUGAUGAUUCUAAUAGUUUCAUUUUCUGGAGAUAUGUCGAUCUGUUAUGGGAAGUCAAAAGGUUCCUUAACGUAGGUUCAGAAGCCUCUCUUAAGCAAAAUAUCAAAGUCAUUGAUGAUUUCAUUUUUGAACUGAUUCGGUGGAAGAGAGAGCAGAUAAAAAAUAGAAAGCUCGAAGGAGGGAAGGAAGAUAUUUUAUCAAGGUUCUUGUUGGAGAGCGAGAAGGAUCCGCAGAACAUGACGGAUCGAUAUUUAAGAGACAUAACUCUGAAUUUCAUCAUAGCUGGAAAAGACACAUCCGCAAACACACUCGCAUGGUUUUUCUACUUGCUCUGUAAACAUCCUGUAGUUCAGGAAAAGGUUGUGCAGGAAGUGAGAGAAGCAGCUGGAACUGAGGAAACAAUAUCUGCUGAUGAAUUUUCAAAAUUGAUGACCGAAGAAGCCCUGGAGAAGAUGCAGUAUCUUCAUGCAUCUCUAACAGAAACUCUCAGACUCUAUCCUGCAGUUCCUCUGGAUGGUAAGACUGCAGAAGAGGAUGACAUUCUCCCUGACGGCUUCAAAGUGAAAAAAGGAGAUGGCAUAACCUACAUGGCCUAUGCGAUGGGAAGGAUGACGAACAUUUGGGGGGACGAUGCAGAGGAAUUUCGUCCAGAACGAUGGCUUCACGAGGGUGUCUUUCGAUCAGAGUCUCCCUUCAAAUUUACUGCGUUUCAUGCUGGCCCUCGCAUUUGCCUCGGGAGGGAGUUUGCUUAUAGGCAGAUGAAGAUAUUGGCUGCCGUUCUGCUUUACUUCUUCAGGUUCAAACUUGUGGAUGAGAGCAAGGAAGCUACAUAUCGAACAAUGUUUACACUUCACCUUGAUAAAGGGCUGCAUUUAUAUGCAUUUCCCAGGCUCUAA